CAGCCUUCUGGUCCUCUGCCUGAUUUGCGCCAAGGCAUUCCAUCGACCUUCGAUUUCGAGUUCAUGAAGAAAGAGGCUAGCGCACAAAACCCUACCGAGCAGAAGGUUACUGGUGAAGAGACUCCCGAGUCCACUUCUGAAGCUGCUGGUUUCGGUGGAAGACGUGGAAACGAGGGCGAGGAUGAGCAAUACCGCCGCGAGGAUUACGAGACAUCAAUCGACAAGCGUCGUGCCAGAAUGGCCAACUACGGUUAUCUCUCAUUGUUGGCUUUCGCCGCCGCCGGUACCGCAUACUUUACAAGACCAUACGGAGCCGACGAGACCCCUCAAGGUCUCGAGCCUGAGCACAUCACCGGAUGGGCACCCCAAAGCAUGUACGCUCGUGUCAAGAACCGCAUGAGCAGCCAGGCCGCCUACUACACCGAACCCACCUUCCAGAAGUUGUUGCCCGAAGUACCAGAGACUCAGCGUCCUCCCUUCACCCUGGUUCUCUCGCUCGAAGACUUGCUUAUCCACAGCGAGUGGUCCCGCGAGCACGGCUGGCGUACAGCCAAGCGUCCCGGUGUCGACUACUUCCUCAAGUACUUGAGUCAAUACUACGAGCUGGUUCUCUUCACCUCGGUACCCGUUGCAAUGGCCGAUCCUGUCAUCAAGAAGCUCGACCCCUUCCACAUCAUCCAAUGGCCUCUGUUCCGCGAAGCCACCAAGUACGAGAAUGGUGAAUACGUCAAGGACUUGAACUACCUGAACCGUCCCCUCGACAAGGUCAUCAUGAUCGACACCAAGGCCGCACAUGUCAAGAACAACCCCAACAACGCCAUCGUUCUGCCCAAGUGGGAGGGCAAGCCCACCGACCCUCACGGCAAAGAUCUCGUCGCCCUCAUUCCUUUCCUCGAGUACGUCGCCACUAUGGGUGUUGAAGACACUCGCAAGGUUCUUGAGUCGUUCGCCGGCACCGACAUCCCCACCGAGUUCGCCGCCCGUGAAGCCAAGGCUCGCGAGGCCUUCCAGAAGCAAUUGGCUGACGAGCAAUCGCGCCGUCCUCAACGCUCGAUCGGCGGUCUCCUCAACAAAGCCCUCGGCAUCAAGGCCCAGCCCGGUGGUCUGUCUCUAGACAACGAAUCUACCGUCGCCGAAGGCUUGGCCCAAGGCAAGAUGCUUUCCGACCAGAUUCGCGAGCGCGGUCAACGCGAGUACCAACGUCUCGAAGCCGAGAUCCAAAAGAACGGCGAGAAGUGGCUCAAGGAGAUGGAAGAGGAAGAGAAGAAGUUCAUGGACAACAUGAGCAAGGACAUGAAGAAGAGUUGGUUUGGCUGGGGC